AUGUUUCCACUUAGCACCAUCCCUAGGCUGACGCGCCAUCCCGGGAUUCCUGCGCCCUUGCACCACCACACCAAAAGCUUCGUACCCUUGCACCACCACACCAAAAGCUUCGUACCCUUGCACCACCACACCAAAAGCUUCGUACCCUUGCACCACCACACCAAAAGCUUCGUACCCUUGCACCACCACACCAAAACCUUCGUACCCUUGCACCACCACACCAAAAGCUUCGUACCCUUGCACCACCACACCAAAACCUUCGUACCCUUGCACCACCACACCAAAAGCUUCGUACCCUUGCACCAUCCACAGCUGCCCCUCCUCCGGUCAGUUAUGUCCAGUUUCAAAUAUGACAAGUAG